AUGGAGCCGGAGACCCGGACCUUGAGCGCCGCGGUCCGGGAGCAUCUGCGACAAUUGUGUCUGCACGAGUUCCCGUGCGGCACCGGCAGCUGGAAUAAGUCACGAUUUCUUCCUCAAACUAGCCGAGCAUGGCGGGAGCUGAUCCCCAGAGAGGAGAGGGCCCUGAGUCCUGGGGAGGAGACGGUGGAGGAUCUGCUGGGCCUAGUCCGCAGCGCCCACUCACCCUGGGCUCUGGUGGAGGGCUCAAGCGCAGAGGACCUUUUCCUGAAAGAGCUGGCCAUCCAGAAUCCACUGAUGCUCAAAGACAGCUUCUUCUACACCUACUUCAGGUCGCUCCGGGUGGUGGACGAGGAUGUGAGCCUGGUGGACAAAGAGCUCCUGAAAUUUGUGAAGCUUAAAGAGUUGGUGCUGAGUGCUAAUCAAAUCAAGGAGAUUGACACCACCAACCUGCCCCCAACUCUCAAAGUCCUGGAGCUCUACGGCAACAAGAUAACCAGCAUGCGGUGUCUGUGCCAUCACCCGCCCCCGCAGCUCCAGCACUUGGGGCUGGGCCACAACAAGCUCCUGGGGCCCCUGGAGAGUCUGUACGUCACCAGCGACCACUGGCCCAACCUCGUCUCCCUGGACCUGAGCUUCAACAACCUGACGGACCUGCAGGGCAUGGUGGCCGGUCUGCAGACACUGCCGCACCUCAGGCUGCUGCUUCUCCAGGGCAAUCCACUGGCCCUGGUGCCCCACUACCGGGGCCUCACCAUCGACAGCCUGGCCAGGCUCUGCGUGCUGGACGACAUCACUGUGGCAUCCAGCGAGAAGCAUCUCUUCCGGGGGCUCAGCCACAGCGAGGAUCUCCUGGCGCCCGAGGCGCAGUUACUGGUGACUGUUGGAAACCUCCGAGGGGUGCUGGACUCCUCGGUCUUCGAUCCAGAACCAGGGCCCCAAGGCCCUUUCAUCACUUACAACUACUAUGUGACAUACGAUUUUGUGGAAGAUGAAGAAGGUGAAGGAAGUCAAUACGGCGGCGUCCUGGCCGAGAUCAUCAAGCCUCCCAGCAUGGAACAGUUGGAUGAGGACAUUCUGGAAGAAAUCAUCGAAGACAUAGAAGAGUCCUUGGAAUCUGGGCUGGCCUCCCUGUCCGAGUCGGGGGAGCUGGAGGAGUCCAUUGUCUCUGGCGCUUCCGAGCCGUUGCCACGGUCCAUAGACUCUGCAGAAGAGCUGCCCAAGCUGCGGCCGCUCCUGGAUCCCCAGCUCUGCCCAUCCCCAGGGACAGUGCUCUUCAGCACGGUCCCCAAGCCCUGGUCUGACGUCAUCCCCUGCAACUACGAGAUGCAGCACACGCUGAGGGACCUGGUGCCACUCAAGGCCUUCCUGCUCUCGGGGACCGUGGUCACCGUCGUGGAGGAGAAGAUUCUCUCCUGGCCUGUGGAGCAGCCGUCUUCUGCAGACAGUCCCUUGGCUGCUAAGAAGGGCAAAGCAGAGAAGGACAAGAAGGAGAAGGAGAAAGACAAGAAAGACAGGAAGGGCAAAGACAAGGCAGGCAAAGGGGAGAAGGAGCCCCCCAAGGCGCAAAAAGGGAGCAAGAAGCAGAAGGAGCUUCCCAAGGAGCUGCACCAGGACCCGCCCAUCCUGCGGGUGCUGGGCAGCAGCCCAGUGGUCCUAGAGCCCCUGCUGGCAGGGGAGCCGUUCGUGUCUACCGUGUGCAACUUUGGGGUGAUCCGGACCUUGGAAGCUGACCGGCUGACACUUAACAGGGAUGCAAAGAAGAACAAGAAAGGUAAAAAAGAGAAAAUAAAAUCUUUGGUUUCAGUGUACGAAAGUGACUAUCAGCCCGAGCCCCUGACGGUGGAGAUCCAGAUCCAGCUGAUCCAGUGGCGCUCGACGGAGGAGGCGCUCCGGGGGCUCGUCAUGUAG